AUGAUCGGCAAUCGACGCAGUCAGCUCCGAGGAGGUGUCCUCGGCGGUCGAGGCUACGGACUUGGUCUAGGAAGCAACCUGAGCCCUCUGAGCCCUCUGGGCCUGGUGGGACAACGUCGUGGUUAUGGGGGCCUCGGGAGUUAUGGCUAUGGCAACGCUGGCGCACUAGGUGCUCUGGGUGGACUUGGCCGACGCUCCCUCCUCGGCGGAGCUUUGCAAGCUGGAGGACUCGGUCUGCGAGCUGGAGGGCUUGGUGGGGGGCUUGGUGCAGGAGUACUUGCUAACAAAGUCGGUCUUGGUCUUGGUCUUGGUCUUGGAGGGCUUGGUGUAGGAGUGCUUGCCAACAGAGGGGUCCAUGGUCUUGGUGGACCGUCGCUCGGUGCAGAACUUGCACUGUUGCGAGGACAGCGCGUAAGUAACCGCGCUCCCUGUGAGCUUAUCGAAUCUACGGGCGCCCACGUCUGUCAAAAUUGCUCUCAGCGAGGUGAUAUCAAUGAUCCCUUCGGACAAGCACCAUGUGUUUGCGGCCUCUGUGACUGGGGAUCAGGGAAUGAAGUUGACGUUGACGCGUGUUGGUGGGUUGGGUGGGCUCGGGGUUGGAGCGUACCGAUUCGGAUACCCGUAGUCUGCGAUUCGCCGCAACCCACUAUACAUUCGCCUCUACGCCACGGCUUCAGCACCAUGAACAGUUUUGUCUCUUCUGGUAUCAGUCUUUUACAUUUCUAUGCUUGA